AUGCCGUCAACGCCAAAGGACCGGUGGUCAGAGGACCCGAAACCUGAGGCGCGGCCGCAGACCCAGAAGCCCCUUGCGACUCAGUUUGACUGGGAUCUCAUCAUCAAUUGUCUCUACGGCAAGCUGAUUGGGGCGGGGGAUGUUCGUGAGCUCCCUCACGUCCCUCUGUCGAUCUCGGAGCAGUACCGUCGUCAUCCUCAUUUCGUAGGACCCUCGAGGGAGACGAAUGCGGAAUGGACUUGGACUGGCCCCACCGUCGUCCAAGACGCUGCUGGCAUGCUCUGCUUCAACAUCGCCCCGCCAUUCAAUGCCGAGAGCGACGGCGCCAGGGGCUCGAAGACGCGAUUUGGAUACACGGUGAACAGCAACCUUUCAAACGCCACGGCGAUCGUCCUCGAUUCUGGCAAGUGCUUCGAAAAGUUCCGCGAUACAUGCGAUUACUGCGCCACCGUCGGCAACGAACACUGCUUCUUCGCCCGCGGCAACUCGCACCUGGGGUGCCUCCUCUGCGUUGCCGACGGCGUGUCGUGCAGCCACAAGACGAACCUAUCCAAGGCUGCCCCAGCGAGCAUGAAGCGCCGGGAGGCUGUGCUCAAGCUCGUUGGGGCUGUUGGUGACCACGAGUGGGCGGCCAAGGUGUUCAAGGAGUACGAGGCGGCCGAGGAAGAGCUCUAG